AUGGAUUACGGUGGCUGCCAGUACCUGGUUCCCUGUGGAAAAGACAAAUUCAUCUCCAAAAAUGAGCUGCUCUUACACUUGAAGACCUACAACAUCUACUACGAGGGGCAGAACUUACAGCUGCGGCACCGGGAGGAGGAAGGAGAGCUGGUCGUGGAGGGGCUGCUGAACAUCUCGUGGGGCUUGAGGAGACCCAUCCGCCUGCAGAUGCAGGACGACAACCAGCGCAUCCGCCCGCCCCCCUCCUCCUCCUCCUGGCACUCGGGCUGCAACCUGGGGGCCCACGGCUCCGUGGUGAAGCCCAGCACCUUGCCAGACAUCCAGGUUACGGAUGCGGAUGCGGCGCCGAACGCGGAGUCUCCCGGGAAUACAGGUUCCAGGCCACAGGGGGAGGAGGCCCCGCAGCUGCUGCGGACCAGGAGCGACGUGGGGGUGCGGAGAAGGGGCAGCUCCCGCACCCCGGGCGAGCAGCGUCGCCUCCGCCGCCACCGCUUCUCCAUCAACGGGCACUUCUACAACCACAAGACCUCGGUGUUCACGCCGGCCUAUGGCUCCGUCACCAACGUGCGGAUAAACAGCACCAUGACCACCCCCCAGGUCCUCAAACUGCUGCUCAAUAAGUUCAAGAUUGAGAACUCAGCAGAGGAGUUUGCUCUCUACAUUGUCCACACCAGUGGAGAGAAGCAGAAGCUGCGCCCCAGCGACUACCCCCUGAUCGCCCGCAUCCUGCAAGGCCCCUGCGAGCAGGUCUCCAAGGUCUUCCUCAUGGAAAAGGACCAGGUGGAAGAAGUCACCUAUGAUGUCGCUCAGUACAUCAAGUUUGAGAUGCCCGUCCUCAGGAGCUUCAUCCAGAAGCUGGAGGAAGAGGAGGAUCGGGAGGUGAAGAAGCUGAUGCGCAAAUACUCCAUCCUCCGGCUGAUGAUCGAGCAGAGGCUGGAGGAGAUCUCGGAAGGUCCCACGGCGAUGUGA